UUAUGCCGGACAAGAGGGAGGCGACCGCGGCGGCGGUGGCUCUGUUUAUUGUCCCUCUCGGUGUGUGGAUGUGAGCAAGUCGGGGGUGCAGCGCGGCCGACGAAGGCGGCCUUUGAGGCGGCGGCACCGGCGGCAGCGGCGACUCCGGCGACCCGAGCGGCCGGCCUUAGCGGAGUGUGAGGAAGGACAAGGCGCCUUUGCGUCCCCGCCACGUCUGGACGCCCCGGGCUCUCCGGCUGCGCUCGCCGCGCGCCCCUCCGGGCCUCGGCCCGGCUUGCUGCGGCGCCCGCGGGCGGGCGAGGAGGAAGCACCGCGGCUCAGGCGCCACCGGCCGCCUGCUUCCUUCUCCACCUCUUCCUCAGCGGCUGCCCUAGGCCCGGGCGACGCGGCCGCCGCGCCUCGAGUUUGAGGGCGCCGGGCGGCGCGGCCUCCUCGGCAGGCUCGGCCGGGCGUCCGUCCCGGGUCUCGGCGAUGGGGCGCGGGGGGCGGCGCCGCUAGGAGCACGGCGAGCGGAGCGGUCGGUGCUGAGCAGAGGGGCCCGGCGGCCGGCAGGGAGGCGGGAGCGGCGGCCGCGGCCUCGGGGCCUGUGAGCGGAGGCACCCGCCAUGGCCAAGGCGGGCGGCGGCGGCGGCGGCGGCGCAGGAGCCGGCGGCAACGGGGCACUGACCUGGGUGACUCUUUUUGAUCAGAACAAUGCUGCAAAAAAAGAAGAGUCAGAAACUGCAAACAAAAAUGAUUCUUCAAAGAAGUUGUCUGUUGAGAGAGUGUAUCAGAAAAAGACACAACUUGAACAUAUUCUCCUUCGUCCUGAUACAUAUAUUGGGUCAGUGGAACCAUUGACACAGCUAAUGUGGGUGUAUGAUGAAGAUGUAGGAAUGAAUUGCAGAGAGGUUACCUUUGUGCCAGGUUUAUACAAGAUCUUUGAUGAAAUUUUGGUUAAUGCAGCUGACAAUAAACAGAGGGAUAAGAAUAUGACCUGUAUUAAAGUUUCUAUUGAUCCUGAAUCAAAUAUUAUAAGCAUUUGGAAUAAUGGGAAAGGCAUUCCAGUAGUAGAACACAAAGUAGAGAAAGUUUAUGUUCCAGCGUUAAUUUUUGGACAGCUUUUAACAUCCAGUAACUAUGAUGAUGAUGAGAAAAAAGUAACAGGUGGUCGCAAUGGUUAUGGUGCAAAACUUUGUAAUAUUUUCAGUACAAAGUUUACAGUAGAAACUGCUUGCAAAGAAUACAAACAUAGUUUUAAGCAGACAUGGAUGAAUAACAUGAUGAAGACUUCUGAAGCCAAAAUUAAGCAUUUUGAUGGUGAAGAUUACACAUGCAUAACAUUCCAACCAGAUCUGUCUAAAUUUAAGAUGGAAAAGCUUGACAAGGAUAUUGUGGCCCUCAUGACCAGAAGAGCUUAUGAUUUGGCUGGUUCAUGCAAGGGGGUCAAGGUCAUGUUUAAUGGAAAGAAAUUGCCUGUAAAUGGAUUUCGCAGUUAUGUAGAUCUUUAUGUGAAAGACAAGUUGGAUGAAACUGGAGUGGCGCUGAAAGUUAUUCAUGAACUUGCAAAUGAAAGAUGGGAUGUUUGUCUCACACUGAGUGAAAAGGGAUUCCAGCAAAUCAGCUUUGUAAAUAGUAUUGCAACAACAAAAGGUGGACGUCAUGUGGAUUAUGUAGUAGAUCAAGUUGUUGGUAAGCUGAUUGAAGUAGUUAAGAAAAAGAACAAAGCUGGUGUAUCAGUAAAACCAUUUCAAGUAAAAAACCAUAUAUGGGUUUUUAUUAAUUGCCUUAUUGAAAAUCCAACUUUUGAUUCUCAGACUAAGGAAAACAUGACUCUGCAACCCAAAAGUUUUGGGUCCAAAUGCCAACUGUCAGAAAAAUUUUUUAAAGCAGCUUCUAACUGUGGCAUUGUAGAAAGUAUUCUGAAUUGGGUGAAAUUUAAAGCCCAGACUCAGCUGAACAAGAAGUGUUCAUCAGUAAAGUAUAGUAAAAUCAAAGGUAUUCCCAAACUGGAUGAUGCUAAUGAUGCUGGUGGCAAACAUUCCCUGGAGUGUACACUGAUAUUAACAGAGGGAGACUCUGCCAAAUCGUUGGCUGUGUCUGGAUUAGGUGUGAUUGGGCGAGACAGAUAUGGAGUCUUUCCACUUAGGGGAAAAAUUCUUAACGUACGGGAAGCUUCUCAUAAACAGAUCAUGGAAAAUGCAGAAAUAAACAAUAUUAUCAAAAUAGUUGGUCUACAGUACAAGAAAAGUUAUGAUGAUGCAGAAUCUCUGAAAACUUUACGCUAUGGGAAGAUUAUGAUUAUGACUGAUCAGGAUCAAGAUGGUUCUCACAUUAAAGGCCUGCUUAUUAAUUUCAUCCAUCACAAUUGGCCAUCACUUUUGAAGCAUGGCUUUCUUGAAGAGUUCAUUACUCCUAUUGUGAAGGCUAGCAAAAAUAAGCAGGAACUUUCCUUCUAUAGUAUUCCUGAAUUUGAUGAGUGGAAAAAACAUAUAGAAAACCAGAAAGCCUGGAAAAUAAAAUACUACAAAGGGCUGGGUACCAGCACAGCUAAAGAAGCAAAGGAAUAUUUUGCUGAUAUGGAAAGGCACCGCAUCUUGUUUAGAUAUGCUGGUCCUGAAGACGAUGCUGCCAUUACCUUGGCAUUCAGUAAAAAGAAGAUUGAUGACAGAAAAGAAUGGUUAACCAAUUUUAUGGAAGACCGGAGACAGCGUAGGUUACAUGGCUUACCAGAGCAAUUUUUGUAUGGUACAGCAACAAAGCAUUUGACUUACAAUGAUUUCAUCAACAAGGAAUUGAUUCUCUUCUCAAACUCAGACAAUGAAAGAUCUAUACCAUCUCUUGUUGAUGGUUUUAAACCAGGACAACGAAAAGUUUUAUUUACCUGUUUCAAGAGGAAUGAUAAACGUGAAGUAAAAGUUGCCCAGUUGGCUGGAUCUGUUGCUGAGAUGUCUGCUUAUCAUCAUGGAGAACAAGCAUUGAUGAUGACUAUUGUGAAUUUGGCUCAGAACUUUGUGGGAAGCAACAACAUUAACUUGCUUCAGCCUAUUGGUCAGUUUGGAACUCGGCUUCAUGGUGGCAAAGAUGCUGCAAGCCCUCGUUAUAUUUUCACAAUGUUAAGCUCUUUAUCAAGACUGCUUUUUCCUGCUGUGGAUGACAACCUGCUCAAAUUCCUUUAUGAUGAUAAUCAACGCGUUGAGCCUGAGUGGUAUAUUCCUAUAAUUCCCAUGGUUUUAAUAAAUGGUGCUGAGGGCAUUGGUACUGGAUGGGCUUGUAAACUACCCAACUAUGAUGCUAGGGAAAUUGUGAACAAUGUCAGACGAAUGCUAGAUGGCUUGGAUCCUCAUCCUAUGCUUCCAAAUUACAAAAACUUUAAAGGAACCAUCCAAGAGCUUGGUCAAAACCAGUAUGCAGUCAGUGGUGAAAUAUUUGUGGUGGAUAGAAACACAGUAGAGAUUACAGAGCUUCCAGUUAGAACUUGGACACAGGUAUACAAAGAACAGGUUUUAGAACCUAUGUUAAAUGGAACAGAUAAAACACCGGCAUUAAUUUCUGAUUAUAAAGAAUAUCAUACUGAUACAACUGUGAAAUUUGUGGUGAAAAUGACUGAAGAGAAGCUAGCACAAGCAGAAGCUGCUGGAUUGCACAAAGUUUUUAAACUUCAAACUACUCUUACGUGUAAUUCCAUGGUACUCUUUGAUCAUAUGGGAUGUCUCAAGAAGUAUGAAACCGUGCAAGACAUUUUGAAAGAAUUCUUUGAUUUACGAUUAAGUUAUUAUGGUUUACGUAAGGAGUGGCUUGUAGGAAUGUUGGGAGCAGAGUCUACAAAGCUUAACAAUCAAGCCCGUUUCAUUUUAGAGAAGAUACAAGGAAAAAUUACUAUAGAGAAUAGGUCAAAGAAAGAUUUGAUUCAAAUGUUAGUCCAGAGAGGUUAUGAAUCUGACCCAGUGAAAGCCUGGAAAGAAGCACAAGAAAAGGCAGCAGAAGAGGAAGAAACACAAAACCAGCAUGAUGAUAGUUCCUCUGAUUCAGGAACUCCUUCAGGCCCCGAUUUUAAUUAUAUUUUAAAUAUGUCUCUGUGGUCUCUUACUAAAGAAAAAGUUGAAGAACUGAUUAAACAGAGAGAUGCUAAAGGGCGAGAAGUCAAUGAUCUUAAAAGAAAAUCGCCUUCAGAUCUUUGGAAAGAAGACUUAGCAGCAUUUGCUGAUGAACUGGAUAAAGUGGAAGCGCAAGAACGAGAGGAUGUUCUGGCCGGAAUGGCUGGAAAAGCAAUAAAAGGUAAAGUUGGCAAACCUAAGGUGAAGAAACUUCAAUUGGAAGAGACAAUGCCCUCACCUUAUGGGAGAAGAAUAGUUCCUGAAAUUACUGCUAUGAAGGCAGAUGUCAGCAAAAAGUUGCUGAAGAAGAAAAAGGGUGAUCUUGAUACCACAACAGUAAAAGUAGAAUUUGAUGAAGAAUUCAGUGGAACACCAGUAGAGGGUACUGGAGAAGAGGCAUUGGUCCCGUCAGCUCCUGUAAAUAAAGGUCCCAAACCCAAAAGGGAGAAAAAGGAGCCUGGUACCAGGGUGAGAAAAACACCUACAUCAUCUGGUAAAUCCAGUGCAAAGAAAGUGAAGAAACGGAAUCCUUGGUCAGAUGAUGAAUCCAAGUCAGAAAGUGACUUGGAAGAAACAGAACCUGUGGUUAUUCCAAGAGAUUCUUUGCUUAGGAGAGCAGCUGCUGAAAGGCCUAAGUACACAUUUGAUUUCUCAGAAGAAGAGGAUGAUGAUGCUGAUGAUGAUGACGACAAUAAUGAUUUAGAGGAGCUGAAAGUUAAAGCAUCUCCCAUAACAAAUGAUGGGGAAGAUGAAUUUGUUCCUUCAGAUGGCCUAGAUAAAGAUGAAUAUACAUUUUCACCAGGCAAAUCAAAAGCUACUCCAGAAAAAUCUUCACAUGACAAAAAAAGUCAAGAUUUUGGGAAUCUCUUCUCAUUUCCUUCAUACUCUCAGAAGUCAGAAGAUGAUUCAGCUAAAUUUGACAGUAAUGAAGAAGAUUCUGCCUCUGUUUUUUCACCAUCAUUUGGUCUGAAACAAACAGAUAAGGUUCCAAGUAAAACAGUAGCUGCUAAAAAGGGAAAACCGUCUUCAGAUACAACUGCUAAGCCCAAGAGAGCUCCUAAACAGAAGAAAGUAGAGCCUAUCAACUCUGACUCAGAUUCAGAAUUUGGCAUUCCAAAGAAGACUACACCCCCAAAAGGUAAAGGCCGAGGGGCAAAGAAAAGGAAAGCAUCUGGCUCUGAAAAUGAAGGUGAUUAUAACCCUGGCAGGAAAACAUCCAAAACAACAAGCAAGAAACCGAAGAAAACAUCUUUUGAUCAGGAUUCAGAUGUGGACAUCUUCCCAUCAGACUUCACUUCUGAACCACCUUCUCUGCCACGGACCGGUAGGGCUAGGAAAGAAGUAAAAUAUUUUGCAGAGUCUGAUGAAGAAGAAGAUGUUGAUUUUGCAAUGUUUAAUUAAUUAAGUGCCCAAAGAGCACAGAAACAUUUUUCAACAGAUAAAUUGUGUUGUCCUUUUGUCUUUUCUGUCUCAGACUUUUGUACAUCUGGCUUAUUUUAAUGUGAUGAUGUAAUUGAUGGUUUUUUAUUAUUGUGGUAGGCCUUUUAACAUUUUGUUCUUACACAUACAGUUUUAUGCUCUUUUUUACUCAUUGAAAUGUCAUGUACUGUCUGAUUGGCUUGUAGACUUAUAGACUGCCGUGCAUUAGCACAGAUUUUAAUUGUCAUGGUUGCAGACUACAGACCUGCUUUUUGAAAUGAAAUUUAAACAUUAAAAAUGGAA